UUGAAGACACAACUGAAAAGAGUCCAGCAAGUGGUGACUAGGCACAAAAUCCAAAUAUGGAACAAAACUGGAAUGGAACAAGCAACAAUGGCACUUUGCUGGAUUCAAAUGAGAUUGAUGACCUUGUGGGUGUGAUCUACUCAGUGGUAUUAGUUGUGACAUUGGUAAUUGUCAUGUUCUCAAUGGGUUGCUCUUCAGAUACACAGAAACUCUGGUUCCAUAUGAAAAAGCCAUGGGCUCUGUGCACUGGAUUCUUGUGUCAAGCUGGGCUGAUGCCUCUCUCCUGCUUCCUCUUUGCACUGGCAUUCAAAAUGAAAGCCUCUCAUGCCAUUGCAGUAAUUAUGAUGGGGAGCUGUCCUGGGGGCAUUACCUCAAAUCUGGCAACUUAUUGGAUGGAUGGAGAUAUAGACCUCAGCAUGUGUAUGACUACAGUCUCUACACUCCUGUCCUUUGGGACUCUUCCUCUGUGUUUCUUCAUCUACACAAGCAAAUGGACUGCUGCUGGUAGUAUCUCUAUACCCUUUGAAAAAAUAGGAUUAACCAUGGUUUCAGUUUUUGUUCCAACUUCUUUUGGAUUACUCCUGAACGUAAAAUGGCCAGCUACAGCAAGAUGUAUUGCAAAGGUCGGUGUGUCUCUCGGGAGCUUUCUGCUCAUUGCUUGCAUGGUCGUCUCAAUAAUCCUUUACAAAGACAUGUGGGACAUGGAUGCUUCUCUUUUGUUUACUGGAAUCAUUACUCCUUGUGUCGGAUAUGGGUUUGGGUUUCUCUUGGCAAGAAUGGCUUGUCAGUCAUGGAAGAGGUGUCGAACUAUCUCUCUGGAAACUGGUGUUCAGAAUGCUACCAUGUGUAGCACCAUCCUUCAGGUUUCAUUCCCAAAAAUGAUGGUUGGCGAGAUGGUUUUCUACCCUAUGGUUUAUUCCUGUAGCUUCACAUUUUUUGCAAUAGUACUUAUAGCUGCUUACAGAAUUUACAGAGGAUAUAGGAAGAAGACAGAUGCAGACUUGAUGAGAACUGAAGUGGUCUUUACAGCCCUCACAAGAGAAUCCACCGAUGGGAUGAACACAGAUGAUUUCCCUUCAUCUUCCACAGAAAAAAAAAUGGGGGAAAAUGAUGUAUAACCUACCUAAUUGAAUAUAAAAGGCUUGAAAGAGGUUGUUUGCAUAAUAUGCACAAAUUAUUCUUGACAAUAUAGAAGGAUAGAAACAGUUGUCACUUAAGGUUUAGGUUUUUCAUUUUGUUCUCAUGCUUCUAAGAUGCAGUAUCCUGCUUUUCUGACACAUAUGAAGAGCAGACCCAGAGCAGAUAUAUUCCUAUUAUUAUAUUUUCUGUUCUGAUGAUAUUGUAAGUCAACAGCAUUAAUGUAGCUGUGUCUUGUGUGUGCAGUAUCUCACAUUCCCUUAUUAGUGUAUGGUUUUUAAUAAACUGCCCAGCUUCUGAAAUGUGUUGUUAAUAUUUUUAAACUUGGAUUAUUAUUAACUGACAAUAUAAUUUUAGUCCUAGUAUCAAAUGAAUUAAGGUAGUAUCAAUACAUCAUGUCUCAAUCAUAUACUUGUGUAUAUUGUUGGCUAUUUCCACCUAUCCAGGACUAAAAUGUAGAUGAGGAAUAGGUCUGUCCUCUCUAUUACACACCAUUACAACUGCACAAGUCUACCUAUUUAGAAAAAGAUUAUCUAAAUGUCUGGUGUUCACUAUUGCUGGACCCCUGUUAUUCUCUCCUCACUGUUCAAUUCUACACAUUUUCAAUACAAUUUAGAUCUGGGCUAAGUAUCAGUAAGUCUACUGUUUAAACAUUGUUCUCUGUUAGGAAUGCUUUGGUGAGCUUCGUGGUGUGUGGAUUGGGCAUUAUCAUGUGGAAAAUCAAGACAAUGUUGGACAGCCAAUAAUUGCACAACUUUGUCAAUAAAGCCCUGGG